UCUAGUAGACACUAGAUAAGUGCACAGAAGGAACAGAGUCACCAACUCACAUACCUGCUCUCCGGACUCGUUUCCCAUCCUCCCUCUGCAGCUGAACACCAUAAUCAUCAUAAUCAUGUGUGCAGGUCUACUGAACCUUGUUGUACUCUUGUCUUUAUUUGUGUGUCUGGCAGUGGGCAUGGCUGUCUCAGAGGAGUUACUGCAGAUAAAGUCCGUCUCUGGAGCGGACUGUCGGCUGCAGUGCACGGCUGUAUCCCAGCCCGGGGUCCAGUACAGGGCAGUGAGGUGGUACAAGGUCAGGGACCCGCCUUCUCCAUCUCGCCUCAGCGGCCUUUUGACCAAAGACCUCCCCAACGGCCCGACACGAUGGUACACCAGCGUGGACCAAGCGGUGCAGCUGGUGAACAAUUCCAGCACCAUCUUCCUGCCCAACGUGACGUGCGGGGAGAGCGGCGUGUACGAGUGUCACCUGGCGGCGCCUGUGGGACAACAGAACCGCGAGGGCCGGGUCCGACUCACCCUGACAGAUUGUCCAGAAAUUUGCAGGGAAAUUGUGAUGACAGACACUUACAUGGUUAUCGUCGCCACAGCAGUGCUGAUGUUUGCACUCGUGGUAUUCAUAAUAAGCUAUGUUUGUUUGAGGAACACCAUCAAAGGUAAAAACAAGACCACAGUAAAAGAAACUUUAUUGGAUGCACCGCUCAAGCCACUUGAAAAGAAGGACUUAAUGUUGAUAUACACAUUGGGUCCGAACUCAGGCAAAAUGAAGCACAUCUGUGUUUAAAGACGAAGAUUGUGCUGCAGAAAUGCUGGAAGAAGACUGGCUACCUGACGACUGGGAAGAGAAAUCUAAAUCCACCAAAAAAGCUUCUUUGAUAGAGAGACUCAUCCUCAGGUGACUCCCUUUUGUAAUCCAAUGUAUGAAAGAGGAGGAUAUGAAAAUCUAAUGAUUCCCCGACUUAAAACUCCAGCUGAGGAUGAGGAGCAAGUGCUAGGAAAUUCUCUUCAGAAGCUAAAAUAAAAGCGGGUCUUCCUCUCCCCGGACAGUCAGGCACAGCUGAGACGUGGAGCCGGACACCAACUCCUGUUCAGGAAAGUCUGUGGCCGGAGGUAUCCCGGGUGCAACAGGACAGGUGAUCAUUCCCGGGGUCCUCCUGUCUACAUGUGGAAGUCUGUGUAAAGUGAACUGCUAGGUCAACCUAUUCUUUCCCUUCUUUGUGCAAUGCAUACAGUUUCUCUUUUUAUAGAGUUGUUGUAACUGCCCCCUCUGUGACCACAAGUAGCAAGCACUGUAUGUUUAAAGUCCCCCUCCAGUCAGAAAUUAUAAGAUUCACUUUUAAUAGAUUCUUGAAUUUUUAACGAGGUAGGAGUAGAUGCCUUUUUUAUAUUGGAUAUUCUGCUUUUAUCCAGAGAGACGCACAUUAUUGUUCUAAGCAGAUUAGUUAUAUAUGUCGUAAUAUUUGACUGGAGGGGAACUUUAACUUUAAAUCCUGAAGACCAUGAGAUGCGGGUGAAAGGGUAAAAAGGAGUUAAGGUGAUGUGGUUGAAUGACUGUUUCCAAAGCCAAGAAUUCAGUUUGAAGAUUUCAUUAUGUGGUUUUAUUUUCUAAAGUUCUCAAUGAUCUGCUUGAGCAACUGUUCAGCUCGUGUUAGAUUUUCCUCAGAUAACCACGUGGUACCUGACAUCUGAAAAUCUGAUUUAAGACGCAUUUGUAUACAAAUUCCAAAUUCACUUAAUUGGGAUGUGUCUGUAAUUUGAACGUAAUUUUUGUUAUUAGUAUAUUUUUCUGAUGACAUUUUAAGUAUCAGUAACUCAAUUUAACUAAUAAUUUUAAGUGACACUAACUUAGUUUUGUAAGGUACAGAAAGCACUUUUUUACGAGGUAUUUUGUUUUCACAGCACAAAUAAAAAUUACAAAAUUAAGUCAGUCUCACUUAUAAUUUCUAAAACUACUUGAUCAACAAUGGGUUUUUUUACCUUACAAAAUUUACAAGAAUUUCGAUGAAAUGUUUUUGAGUUAAAAUAAGUGAUCAGUUGUUUUUCAUUACGUGUGGGUGGGGAUAAAUCCCACGCUGGGACACUUUUAGCUGCUGUGAGAACCGAGGCUGAGUGACCUUUUUUAAAAACAAGAAGUUAAAAACAUUACGCCUCUGUGCGGCGAUAUCUCGCUUCGUCUGACCUUUUUUUUAAUCAUGGGAAAUCCCUUCAGAUCUGUCUGGGCUUUUUUUAAAUAAUGUAGCACUUCUCUUUUAAAAGGCGCCCCACUAGAUACAUGUGACAUGUUUUUUUUCUCCCCCCCCUUGUGGUAAAACAAAGUUAAAAAUAACAGAUGUUUUAUGUCCGCAUUUAUGUUGUCAUCAAAUAAAUAGACAAAAUGACAUGAUGCAAACAAUAUGGGAUGGUAUGUUUAGAUUUAAUGGUGUACAGUACAGUGUAUAUGACCUACAGGAUAUCUGUGCUAAUUCAGUCAGUUGGAUAUAAGCAUUAUUGUUAAUUAUGUUAUAUUAAUGGCUGCCGUAUGCUGGUCUUUCAAUGUUUGGUUCAGUUUAUAUGUAGAGUUUUGUUUUCUAAGACGUUUGUAGCGAUGAAAAUAUACUGUGAACUAAAGAAUGGAUGGAGGAGGAGGCUGAGCAAAUUCAGGACAGAAAACAAUGACUGAAGCCUUUGUUUCUGGUUAAAUAAAGGUUGAAUUGUGAUGAAAUUGAUUGACAAUGGGACAUAAUGUUGUUUGAGGUGUUUUUGUCAUCUAUGAGGCAAUAAAAGAAGAUAAAUGGA